AUGGCUAAGAAGAGACACGCUAGAAAACCAAGAUCUGGUAUUAGAAAUUGGUCUGAGAUUGUUAGAGAAAAUAAAAUAUGGGAAGAUUACUAUAAAUCAUUAAAUCUAUUUCCAAUUGAAGAAUGGGAAGAUUUUAAGAAAGCUUGUCAAGAACCAUUACCAUUAACAUUCAGAAUUAAUGAAUCAAUCUCUGAAAAAUAUUCUAAUGAAAUUUUAAAUUUAUUUGAAAAGGAUCAUUUGAAAUAUUUAACUAAUAUCGAAUUUGAAGGAAUUCCAAUCAAAAGACCAUCAAAAUUAAAAUGGUACCCUAGAUCAAUGGCAUGGCAAAUUGAUGUCCCAAAGAGAGUCAUGAGGAAAAAUGAAAUGUUUAAAAAGACUCAAAGAUUCUUAGUAUUAGAGACUAAUGCAGGAAACAUUUCAAGACAAGAAGCUGUAUCAAUGGUUCCUCCUUUAUUAAUGGAUAUUCAAUCUAAUCAUAAGAUUUUAGAUAUGUGUGCAGCUCCAGGUUCAAAGACUGCUCAAUUAGUUGAAGCAUUACAUUUAAAUUGUGAAAAUAAUAAACAACCUACAGGUUUUAUUAUUGCUAAUGAUUCUGACACUAGAAGAUCUCAUAUGCUUGUACAUCAAUUGAAAAGAUUAAAAAGUUCAAAUUAUUUAAUUUUAAAUCAUGAUGCUCAAUUUUUCCCAAGGAUUAAAAUUAAUAAAGAAAAUAAUAGCAAUAUUUUAAAAUUUGAUAGAAUAUUAUGUGAUGUUCCCUGUUCAGGUGAUGGUACGUUAAGAAAAAAUAUUAACGUUUGGAUGGAUUGGAAACAUCAAAAUGGGUUAGGUUUACAUGCUUUACAAUUUAAUAUACUUAAUAGAGGUAUUGAAUUAUUAGAAAAUGGUGGUAGAUUAGUGUAUUCUACUUGUUCUUUGAAUCCAAUUGAAGAUGAAGCUGUAGUGGCUCAAGCAUUAAGAAAAUGGGGUAAAGAGAAAUUAACUUUAAUAGAUUGUUCGAAUAAAUUACCUGAUUUGAAAAGAUGUUCAGGUAUAUCAUAUUGGCCGGUCAUUGAUAAAAAUUUAAAAGAAAAAACAAAAACUGAUGACAAUGUAAUCGAUAGUUGGUUCCCUCCUAAUGAAGAAGAAAAAAAUUCAUUUCAUUUAGAUAGAUGUAUUAGAAUUCUUCCUCAUCAACAAAAUACUGGUGGGUUUUUCGUAGCAGUAUUUGAAAAGGCUAAGGUUGAAACCGAUACUAAAUCACCCGAUAUCGUUGAAACUUUGAAAUCAACUCAUAUAUCAUCACCAAUGAAUACAAGUGAUCUACCACCGGAUAAAAUUAAGAAGGAAUCAUUACCAUUGGAUGCAAUGGAUGAACCAUUUAAUUUUAUUGAUACUUCAAUCGGUCCAUUGAGCGAAUGUUGGAAAUUCUUUGGAUUUAAUGAAACUUUUAAUAAAGAUAAUUGUUUAGUGAGAAGUAAUUCAAUUGAGUUACCAAAAGUGAUUUAUUCUGUAAAUCCACAAUUGAAAAAUAUUAUUGAGUUAAAUCGUGAAAAAUUAAAGAUGAUUUAUUCCGGUGUGAAAUUAUUUGUUUAUCAAAGAGAUGAUAUCGAAUGUGCAUUUAGAAUUCAUAGUGAAGCAAUACCAUUAAUUAAACCUUACGUCAAUCACAAUAGAAUAAUUGAUAUUGAUUUGAAUUUCUUAAAAUUAUUAUUAACUGAAUCAUUCCCAACGUUCGAAAUGUUAUUAGAAAAUAAUGUGGAAUCAAAUGUUAUUAAUCAAAUUGAGAAAUUUGUACCAGGUUGUGCUAUGGUUUAUGUAUCAAGAGAUUCAGAAAAUAAAGAAUCCAUUUUACUACCCAUUUGGAAAGGUAUUAAAUCAAUUAAUAUUAUGGUUUCAAAAGAAGAUGCACAUGAAUUACUUUAUAGAGUCUUUGGGAUUGAAACUCAAGCAAAAGAUAAUCCCAAAGCUAGAAAACCUUUGGAAGAAACCGAAAAACUCGUAGUAUAA